CCCGCGCCUCGCGUCUGUCCGGUCUUUGCUUCGUUCUGUCCGCAGUGUCCACUGCCGAGGGCGGGGAGGGGCCGUGGAGCCCAGGCCCCGAUUCUACAGACGAGGAAACCGAGGCACAGUUGCGAAGCCCUCGUUUACUGCGCGCCUACUGUGUGCCAAGCACCGUGCUAAGCGCUAGGAAGGCCAAAAGGGCCGGACCGCAGUCCCUGCCCUCAGGGGGCUUCCAGUCCUGGGAGGAGCGAGAGAAUUCCAGGCGUCCGUGGAGACAGCUCAGGGUCAGCGUAGAACGGGCUGGGAGAGCCAGACACAGGCUGUCUAGGGAGCCUGGGGCUUUCGUGGAGUGUGGGGGCUUGGAGGUGAUGGAGGGGAGGGGGCGAGGCAGGCAGCCCCUCCCCACUCCCAGCAGCCAUUGCCCUAGUCCACAUGCGAAGUGAGGGGGCCUGCCCCGGGCGGCGGAGGGGCGGAGGUGAACUUGACAGCCCCGAGCACCUUAUUGGACGCGGGGGGAGUGAGAGAGAGUGAGGAGGCCGGGGUGAUGCCCAGCUUGUGAGCCCAGGCACUGGGGGGCAUGGUGGUGCCCUCUGCGGUAAUAGGAAAGGUCGGAAAAUGGGAGGAAGGCAGUGACUUCAGUUCUGGACGUAAUUACCUUCUAGGUGUCCAUGAGACUUUCAGCUAUGGACGGCGGACAGAAAGCUUUCACCAACAUCAAGGAGGGCUGGCCAAAGGAAAGGGGAUGGCCUAUUUUGCCAAAGAAGUUGGACUUACUAAAAAACAUGAAGAAAUACUAGCACAAAGAUUACUGUUACUUGAAGAAAUGGAGAAUGAUCAUGGUGGCCAGAAGACCGAAAAAAAGGCAUCUCACAUAAAAGCAGCUAAGCUGGCUUAUAAAAGGAAUCAGAACCUUUUAAACGAUAUAAGAACAUUAGAAGAGAGACUUGAAAAGAAGGUACAUAUACGGUCACAUCCUGAAAUGGUUAGUCUUGAGACUCUCUACUGGGCAUCAGUAGAAGAACAGGCCCCCAAGUGGGAGCAGUUUCUUUUAGGAAGAACACAAUAUCCCAUUGGUGUUAGAUAUCAAAAUCCAGCAGGAAAUGACAUCAGAGACGCCACAGAGAGAUAACCACAAGAAAGGUGUCGUUUUUGGGGCUGUGCUUCAGAAUGCCUGCUCAGGAAAGCAAAACUUACCUGGACAUUGUAUCCAUCCAAAGGAAGUUGUUCAUCUAAAGGCAUAUAUUAAUAUGUAUUCUGUUACCUGUCUGACAGUAGGGAGAGUUUUAAAAUUUACUGGAAAUUUUGUCAAACCAGGAUUGAAAUACAUCACAGUCUUUUUAUAGAAUGAUGAGAAUUGUUUUUACUUUUAAUCUGUCAUUUCAUCAAACUUUUAGGAAUGUAAAAGAAAAUUUUGAAAGAUGAACGGAAUUAAAUUAACGGUUAAAAUGUG